AUGAUUCAGUCAGCGCCUUUUCUUCAGGCCAUUUUCAACGGUUCGAUAGUUUCAGCAAUCCGUUUUAACGCGUCCUCGCACUUGAUUUCCGAUGUCAGCGGUGUGAGCAACGUUAACUUUUCCUUGCCGAUGAGCAUUGCUGAGGAUACGAUUUUCCCUUUGAUUUCCUCAUAUUCAUUCAACUUGAGCACUUGGGAGCUAUACAUUUCGUUCUCAGAGCCGAUCAAUACUGCAACGUUUGAUCCCACUCUUGUAUGGUGGAAAAGCAACUGCUCCACCAAUGUCACUUAUAAUAUGUCAAUCGCAACCAGUACGUGGUCCAUGGCAGAUACGGAGCUGCGCCUCGUCAUUGCAAACCCAGACCGAUUCUAUCUGGUCGAGCAGUAUUACACGUCAACUUUGACAAGCUUCUCUUUCGAAGCGUUUGGUCUUGCGGACUCAAGCCUCAAUGGAGUCGUGAACCCGGCAGUCUGCCUUCUUCAAGCAUCCCAUGUUCAAGAGGAUAUCGUUCCACCUGCGGUCCUUUCGGUUUCGAUCAACCUCACGAAUGAUGUCAUGUCGAUUGCAUUGAACGAAGUUGCAAGCAUUGUCAGUGCAAUGUCGCCGCUUCACCUCAAUGCGUCUUCAUCAAAUGAGUGGCGCGACUUUUUGAUCCAGAGCAAUAAUACCCGACGUGCAGUUUGUGCUAUCCCUGAAAACGAACCGUGCAACGCCCUUUUGGUUGAUCUUGCGCCAUCGACUCUGGAUGAGCUCAAGGUGUCGUUGUUCGAAAAUCGAACAAUGCUGUCGGCGUUGUUCGGAAUCGGCUCGAUUCAGGACUUGGCAUCAAACGCGCUGAGUUCUCCCAUUGUAACCAGUGCGACUGUUGUUAUGGAGGACAACGUUGCACCCACAUUGGCUACAUGGCUCUUAAACUUCACGGACAACUCGUUGCGACUUGUGGCUGACGAACCUAUUGCUUGGGUUCGACCAGAGCGACUGCGCAUUCGUACUGCUGGUCGUGAGUUGCAAAUUUGGAACUCUUCAAACGUGCAUCGCGUCGAUUGGCGCACUAUGGUUGUUUCAUUGCACAAAGAGUUUGUGGACAUCAUGAAAAUCAAUCUGAUUGGACUCAGCGUUGACGAUAGCUCCUUCCAUAUUGAAGCUGGUGCUUUUGCUGACCUGAACGAGAAUGAAAAUACCCAAGGCAAUUUGACCUUUAGUGCCUUGCACCUCGAGCCAGACACCAUCAGUCCUCGGGUGAUUCGUUAUGAACUUAACAUGUCCUCAAAUCAGGUUCUUCUUGAGUUUGAUGAGCCAGUCCGCUCAAGCUCCUUGACGCAACCCAUUUGGUUCGAAGCAAAGGGUGGCUUGGCUGUAGCUUAUACCGUACUCACCUUGGAAAAUAGCACAGUGAUUAUGUUGCAACUUGCAGAGGAUGAUCGAAAUGAGAUGCGGGCUCGCCAGAUUGCCCGCAAGCCCGAUGAAUCAAGCAUUGACUUACCGGGAGGAUUCGCGACCGACAUGGCUGGCAACCCUUUUGAGGAAGCUCGGUGGAACGUAAGCGUCUUUGUUGCUGACUCUGUUCGUCCAGUGGUCACCCGUGUGGUGCUUGACCUGGUGGAUGAGUACUGUGACCUCAACGUGACGUUUGAUGAGACGGUGAACACGGAUGCCGUUGACCCUACUCGCAUCAGCUUCCAGCGCUCGGCCACAGCCGACGUUGCAAGUGACAUCUUCCUGGUGGGCGGUCAGGUCCUAAGCGCCAACAGCACUGACAUUCGUCUGCGGCUGGUCAAGGCAGACUGUGACCGUCUGAAGUUGGACACGACUCGUGGCACCAACGAGAGCACAACGUUUGUGUCAUUUGGCAACGGGGCAGUUGUGGAUAUGGCUCUUUCCCCCAAUGCGCUGAGCGCGGUGGUUGAGCAAGCCGCAGUCGUGGCCCCGGAUGUCACAGCUCCAUACUUGACUGCCUUUAUGUUGGACAUGAAUGCAGGCGUGGUGGUGUUGAACUUCAAUGAGCCUGUUAAGAGCGAGAGCAUCAACGCGAGCCAGCUCGUGUUCCAGACCGGCGCCACAUCGGGUGCCAGCGAUCGCUACCGCCUCACGGGGGGAGUGGUUGAGUCUAGCAAUGGGCUGCAGCAGACGUUGAAUUUGACGCUGACGGACUUGAAUGCUCUCAAGGUGCACGAGGGCCUGGCGGUCAGCAACUCGACCACAUUUUUGAGCCUGGGCUCUGGCUUUGUGCUGGACAUGGCCGACAAUGCGGUGACGCCCAUCAGCAACGGCCAGGCACGGCAGGUUGACCUUUUUAUUGAUGACACUUCAUUGGUCUCCCUGCAAAGCUUCAAUCUUGAUAUGAGCCGUGGCCGAUUGACAAUGUUCUUCUCUGAG